GCCCUGAUACUGAUCACCUGUAUUGACAUGAAAGCUUUUAUCACUAAUUUAUACCUCUUCUAAAAUUUCUCCAGCAAAGCCAAUUCACAGGUUUAUCUCUUUGCACAGAGUUGCCUUUGUGUUGCUAUGAGAACCUGGAGUUAAUUACUAUGAUUUACUGAUGAUUAGAGAGCUGAACAGAGAUUUUGUCAUUACAUUACCACUCACUGGCAGAACCCGACCGUGGUUUCCAGGGAAACUGGAAAUGUGAAGCUUUUCAAUAGACACAGCCACAGCUUAAAGAGCGAGGAUUGCCUAAGAUAGAUUCUUCUAGAGACAAACCUGUAGCCACUGCAAUCAGUAUCAAUCAACAGGGGAGUUGUGCGGACAGAUGUGGGUCUCGAUCAACGCUGAGAUUUGCGACGUUUGACCCAAAUCUGAGAGUGAGUUAUGGAGAGACUUCAGACUGACUUGGACUGCUGAGGUACUUCUACCACUUUUAUGUAGAGGCAGAAUGGGAAGUCUUAAGGAUCAGAUGAGAGGUCUCAGAGAGGACCACCAGCCUCGUGAGAAGACAGAUGAUGGAGAGUGUCCAGGUGGCUCAGAUGGCAGCGCUGCGCCUGAGGGACCUCAGAUAAACACGAGUCAAGAGUCAACAACUCAAGGGGACUAUCAGCCAAAACUACUCACUAAUGCCAGCUACGCUGAGGAGGGAGGCAAGAAUCCAAUAUCCAAAGAUCAAGUGCUUUCAAGAGGGGAUAGCGAUACUGACACUGACUCUAUACGAGUUAAAGACUGUACUCAGACUGACGCCAUACCUCUGACACAACAACCUGAAGCUGAUAAAACAGCAACAGCCACACAUAACAACAUGACAGUCUCUAAUGAAUACCUAAAUGAUGGAGAUGGAGAUGCUGGAAAUCAGAGGGAAAGCUCCACGGAUAAAAACAUGAGUCAAGAAAUUGAGAGUAUCUCGGUUCCUGUGCCAUCAACCCCAGACCCCUUCGACCCACGUUCCCCUGACUUACAUUCCCCAGCUCCUUUCGGGCAGCACCACAUGCGCACACAGGUGAGCCUGGAGGUGGUCCAGUGUCGCUCCGCAGCCACCAGCCCCAUGACCCCCCCAGAGGGUGGCCAUUCCUUCUUCUUCCCGAGCUCUUUUGGGAAAACCAGAGGUGUGGGUACUGAUGCUAAAGAUGCUGAGUUGCAGGUGGGUCAGCAGGUGGAGUUCUGUUCCGUGGCCACGUCCCCCAUGACCCCAAAGACGCCAUCAACUACUGCUUUCCCAGAGCUUAUCGGGAGGGAGACGGUGCAGAACAGGGAGAAAGUGAAAAUGAGUGAGGAGCAGAGGGAGAACGGCCAAAUGGAGAGUUUCCCUGCUAUGAAAAGUCCAGCAGAGGCCGAGUCAGAGAUAACCGCAGCUUUGAAAUUAACUACAUCAGAGGAGCUGACUGAAGGUUUCCGCUCAAAUGCAACUCCAGAGAGCUCUGAUAGUUGCCCAGCUGCUGGGUUAAUAGAGUCACAAGUAACUCUGGAGGAUAGUAAUCAGCAGUGUAAGCAGCAGAGGAUGGGAAGCAUGGAUCAGGACAUCACAAUCCUGGUCACCCACUAUGGCAAUAAUGAGGAGGAAGAAGAGGAGAGGGCUGAGUUGUCUUCUUAUUCUGUUGAGCCAGAGAUGGUCAAGAUUGAUGAAUAUGAGGAACUCAGUGAAAACAAGAGUGAUGUAAAGAGGGAGGAUGGGGAGGAAGAGAUCUCCACAGAAACGCCUGCUCCUGAUCAGGUAGAGGACAUCUCAAACACAAAUCCUCCACAGAACAAAAGUGAAGAGUCAUCUGCUCCUGCUAGUGAUCAACCAAAAACCAUUGUAAAAUCUGACAGUUCAGAGGUCAGAGAAAACAAAGACGCAAAACCUCCCGUCCCUGAAUCUCCAGCUCCCUUUGGCUGCCACAACAUCCGCACACAGGUGAGCCUGGAGGUGGUGCAGUGUCAGUCUGCAGCCACCAGCCCUAUGACCCCUCCUGAGGGGGACCAUGCUUUCUACUUCCCAAACUCGUUUGGGAAAUGUGGGGCUGUGGGUGCAGAGACCAAAGAUGCUGAGCUGCAGGUGGGUCAACAGGUGGAGUUUCGCUCUGUCGCUACGGCACCCAUGACCCCGAGAACGCCCACCGUCACAACUUUUCCCGAGAUCAGGAAGGAGGUUAGCACAGAGGAGAAGAUAGUGGAGGAGGAAGAGGAGAAAAAGGAACAGGUUGAGGAGGAGAAAGAAGAAGUGCUUAAAGAGGGGGAGAAAAAAGUGGAAGCAGCUGAAGAGGACAAAAUGGAGGCAAUAAAUUGUAAGGAGAAAGGCGAGGAGAAAUGUGAGGAGCCUGUGCAGGAGGUGAGCUGGGACGAGAAAGGGAUGACGUGGGAGGUGUACGGGGCGGUGGUGGAAGUGGCCGUGCUGGGCUCAGCCAUCCAGAAACACCUGGAGAAACAGGUGAAGAAGCAGAAAAGGCAGCCCUCCAUGCCUCCCCCUCCUCCCCUCAACCCCUCAGCCACCCCCCUCUCCCCCCCAGAGUCCACUCAGGGGGGUUCUGGGUCAGGAAAAGGCCGGGCUGGCAAGAGAGGGGGGCGGGACGGGAAGGUGAGCCGACGCAGGAGGAACCCCUUCCGUCUGCUGAUGGAGAACAUGCAGCAGCCGCACUGUUGCUCCAGAGCUCACACCACCGAGUGACACAAGAGUAAAGCAACAAGCUGGUUGAGGGUAAAAAAAAAAAUCUGUGCUGGAAAAUCACACAACAUCUGACAUAUGUGGCUGUGAUGCUCACUGAUUUAUGUCAACAUGACAUUGUCUUGAAAAUGUGAGAAGGAAAUCACGUCCUCACACAAAACAAAAGAAGCACAAAAGCAUUUAAUAUAGAGUUUCUAUCGUGGCGCAUUCAUCACUGCGAAUCAGCCAUAUGAGAUGGGGUUUUUUGUUUGUUUCUUUUUUCUUGGAUUUCUCUUUUUCACAAAUUUCCUUGGACUUCUGGCUGUACAGACUGACAGAUUAAUGGACUCUAUGUUUGGGAAAAUGAGGGUGAUAGGUGAUAUGUCAGUGUCAUUGUUAGCUCUUCUCCUUUAAUGUUUUUCACCCAGACCAUUCAAUUGUCCACUGAGUCUUUACAGCUAUUGAUGCUUUUUCUUUCUCUCUUCAUGCACCUCAGACAAUAUGAAGCCAUGGCAACCAGCUAUCCUUCUCCUGGUUGCUAGAAAGCUUAACACUUAACAGCUCCGACCCAGAAAGAGACAACAGCAGAGUGUCAGUUUUUAUUUAUGAUUUAUGACCUUGUGGUCUCUUAAUACAAUCUGUGGGUCUUUUUGUUUUGGAUGUAUGGAAAUUUGACUUGAUUUAAAUGUUGCCUUGAUCUGUGUGUGAGAGGAGUCCCUACCAUUACUGCAGGCUUUUGUAUGUCUUAUAUUCUGCUUUUAGAUUUGGCACAAUAACUUGUUUGUAUUGUGAAAAGUAUAAAAAUGUACUGAUGACGAGCACAAUCAUGAUCAUUUUAGAAAAGUAAUGACAUGUUUCUGACUUCUUAUGUAUUUUAUUGCCAUAAUAAGUGAUUCAGUUGUAACUUAUGUGAUGAAACUUACUUUAAAUGUGUUUUAAUUCAGAGGUUGUUACAGUGUCAGUGAUGUUGGUGGUCAUACAUUAACUUCAUAAAAGUAGGCUAAAAUCCACAUUUGAAAAUUAUUUUAUUCACAGAUUGCACUUAUGAUACAUUCAUUUAGAUGUCUGUAAACAGUGAAAUCAUCUUUUCAAUCCAUUGCUUGUUACAAAGUCACACUGCAUGAGAUUUUAUUUCAGUAAGUAUCUCAAACCCCAAGCAAAUACUAACAAAUUAAACACGCACAAGGAUAAACCUUUAGGCUGACACACAAUCAUAAAUAAAGAUUUCAUUCACAUACUGACAUUAUGCAAUAUUACAAUAUUCUUUUGUUUUCCACUUUUUAAAAAUUUCCUUUCUAGUAGCAUCAGCUGCAACAAAAAUUUGCAUUUGUGUCCUGGCAUAACUUAUAAUACAGUUUCUUUCAAAGCAAACCAAACAGUUUUUAAACCACUGCUUAAUAUAUGAACAAAAUAAAGUGAUUCACAUGUGCAACAAACAAUUGUUUUGUUUGCUUCUCCACAGAUAGACAGUCUAGAUGGCAUUUAUGCAAAGAUAAGAGUUUGACAUUUAGGGAAGUAUGCCUUUUAUCCGAUGAGAAGAUUAAUACCACUCUCAUCUGUAAAUAUGAAGCUAGUUUUCUGAGCUUAUCUCAGCAUACAGACUGGAAAAUAAACAA